AUGUACGCUGUGAAUGGUGUCUGCAUGCAGGGGAUGUUCGUGGCAUUAUCGACGAUGCUGUGCAUGAUUCUCUAUUGGGAGAGAAUGAUGAAUGAUGCUUUUGGGUCUGCUCGCUGUUGGAAGGGUACGGUUUUCGGAUAUCAAGGGCUGGAUUCGCUGCUCCCAGAGCUUCUUCCCGUCAGAGUCAAGGUUCUACCCAACUUCAGCAAGAUGGAUCCUGAGAUGGUAUAUCGAUUAUUUACCAACAACAAGAAUGCAACAAAGGUCUCUUCUGACUUCCUGAUGGCCCGCAUGGCCCGGUUAAGUGCAUCAUCACCGAUGAGCUUUUUUACUUUCACUAAAGCUGUUGCCGACCAGUUGAAUCUCCCGAGAAUUUUGUUAGGCACCACCAGUGCCACAUUUUCCAGCACCAUGGCAUCUGUGAAGCUUCUUCAGCAAAAUGAAGUCAUUUCAAUCACGGAUGGUCUACCAAACAUGCAUAUUCCUAAGAUUCAGCCACUCAGGAUCAAGGAUAUUCCAGACUUCAGCAUGACGGAUCCUGAUACGUGUGAGCGAUUUUGGGCCGACAUGAUCAAUGCAAUAAGGUCUGCUUUGGGUUGCAUCAUGAACACAUUUGACGAUCUUGAACCAACUGCAUUCGAAAAAGUUAGACAAGAUUGUCAUCCCAUGCCACUCUUUGCGGUUGGCCCCCUCUGUAAAUUCUCUCCAGGAUCAUCAAACAGCUUACUAACACAAGACUACAGCUGCAUGGCAUGGCUAGACAAGCAGGCGCCGCAGUCGGUCAUUUACAUCAGCUUCGGGAGCUUAGCUUCCAUAACUAAAACAGACCUAGUGGAGAUUGCUUGGGGGCUAGCCAAUAGUGACCAGCCCUUUUUGUGGGUGGUCCGGCCUGGCUCUAUCCAUGGCCAUGAUUGCAAUGAACUACUAGAAGGGUUUGAAGAGAAGACACGGGAGAGAGACCAGAUCGUGAAGUGGGCCCCACAACAAGAAGUGCUAGCCCACCCAUCAGUGGGAGGAUUUUGGACACACAAUGGUUGGAAUUCUACGUUGGAGAGCAUAUGUGAAGGGGUGCCCAUGUUAUGCUCUCCUUAUUUAUGGGACCAAAAUGUGCAUGCUAGGUAUGUGAGCCAUGUAUGGAGGGUGGGAAUGCAACUUGAGAAAGGGUUCGAUGGAAGUGAGAUUGAGUGGGCCGUAAGAAGAUUGAUGGUGGAGAUUGAAGGGAAGGAGAUGAGAGAGAGGGUAGGUGCUCUCAAGGAAAAUGCAAUGCGUUGUAUGGCGAAAGGAGGUUCUUCGUAUGAGUCAUUAGAGAGUUUGAUUGAUCUUAUUAUGUCAUUAUAA